CCAUCAGAGGGAUGAUGAAUUGAGAAGUGCCUUCCCACUCUCUGUGGUUUCCAUGGUACUGAUUGUCAAUGCCUUUUGUUGUAGGCAGAAUACUUCUAUGAAUUCCUGUCCUUGCGCUCCUUGGAUAAAGGCAUCAUGGCAGACCCAACCGUCAAUGUCCCUCUUCUGGGAACAGUGCCUCACAAGGCGUCAGUUGUUCAAGUUGGUUUCCCCUGUCUCGGCAAACAAGAUGGAGUGGCAGCAUUUGAAGUGAAUGUGAUUGUCAUGAAUUCUGAAGGCAACACCAUCCUGCAGACACCUCAAAAUGCCAUCUUCUUUAAAACAUGUCAACAAGCUGAGUGCCCCGGAGGAUGCCGAAAUGGAGGCUUUUGUAAUGAAAGGCGGGUCUGCGAAUGCCCUGACGGGUUCUACGGCCCUCACUGUGAGAAAGUCCUCUGCGCACCACGAUGCAUGAAUGGCGGGCUCUGUGUUACUCCUGGUUUCUGCAUCUGUCCACCUGGGUUCUAUGGAGUCAAUUGUGAUAAAGCAAAUUGCUCAGCCACCUGCUUUAAUGGAGGGACCUGUUUCUACCCUGGAAAGUGUAUUUGCCCUCCAGGACUAGAGGGAGAACAGUGUGAAAUAAGCAAAUGCCCGCAGCCCUGUCGAAAUGCAGGUAAAUGCAUUGGUAAAAACAAAUGCAAGUGCUCCAAAGGCUACCAAGGAGACCUCUGUUCAAAGCCUGUCUGCAAGCCUGGCUGUGGUACACGCGGAACCUGCCAUGAACCCAACAAAUGCCAGUGUCAGGAGGGCUGGCAUGGGAGGCACUGCAAUAAAAGGUAUGGAGCCAGCCUCCUGCAUGCCCUGAGGCCAGCCGGCGCCCGGCUCAGGCAGCACACGCCUUCAGUUAAAAAGGCCGAGGAGCGGCAGGACCCGCCUGAAUCCAAUUACAUCUGGUGAACUCCGACAUCUGAAACAUUUUAAGUUACACCAAGUUCAUAGCCUUUGUUAACCUUUCAUGUGUUGACUGUUCAAAUAAUGUUUAUUACAGUUAAGAAUACUGGCCUGAAUUUUAUUAGCUUCAUUAUAAAUCACUGAGCUGAUAUUUACUCUUCCUUUUAAGUUUUCUAAGUACAUCUGUAGCAUGAUGGUAUAGAUUUUCUUGUUUCGGUGCUUUGGGACCAACUUUAUGUUAUGUCAGUUGUUCAGGUUAAAUUUUUGUCUUUUCAAUGUGUACUUGGCAGAUAAUUUCCAAAAGUACAAUGUAUUCAUGGUAUUGAGGGGCUGGGCAACAUUAGAGAAGAUAACUGGAACAAAAAUGCAUAAAUCACAAGGGUUUGGAUGAAGCAGUUGAAAGUGCUGAAGUUUUAGUAUGUAUUUAGACAUUUGUCACAUUUAAAAAAUUCCCCUUAAACUCACAAUACAUUUUGACCUUAUCAUGAUUCCAGAGAAUUCAGUAUUAAAAAAGAAAGAGAAAGAAAUAACACUGUGGUAGUGACAUUUAACGAUAUAAUAUAUUGUAAACACAAUAAAAUAGGGAAUAUAUGUAUGAACUUUUGGCAUUGGCUUGAAGCAAUAUAAUAUAUUGUAAACAAAACACAGCUCUUACAUAAACAUUUUAUACUGUUUGUAUGUAUAAAAUAAAGAUGCUGCUUUAGUUUUCUGA